CAAUCGCGCUUCUCGCGUUCAAGGACCACCUUUACAGCCAUCGGUCCUUAGACUCGUGGAACCUAACGGAGCAGCCUAACCACUGCGCGUGGGAUGGCGUUAAAUGCUCCGACGAAGGAUACGUUAGGAUACUGAGCCUGAAGCAGAUGGGACUGGUGGGGAACAUAUCGCCGGCACUCUCGAAGCUGUCGCGACUCAAGUCCAUCAACCUGCACCGCAACUACCUCUUCGGCUCCAUCCCCUCCGAGCUCGCAGGGCUGAAGUCAUUGCGCCAAGUAAAGCUGAGUUAUAACAGACUCACUGGCACAAUCCCUGCUGGCUUUGGCCGCAGCAGCCUCUCAACCCUGAUACUGUUCAAUAACAACCUCACUGGGCCCAUCCCCGACACCUUCGCCAACGCCAUCCGAGUCAAGCAACUUCGGCUGGGGUACAACGACAUUACGGGUCCCAUUCCCACGUACCUGGGCGACUUCACCAACCUCUCAGUCAUCUCGCUGCCAGGGAAUCAGUUCUCGGGGUCCAUACCAUCCCAGCUGGGGCAGCUCUCCUCCACGCUGCUCGGCCUCACACUCGACAGGAACCCGCUCUCUGGCAGCAUUCCCGACGAACUCUUCAACUGCAACCUGCUCCGCAACCUGACUUUGAACCAGACAGGGCUGACGGGCCCCAUUCCUCCUUCCAUCAGCGCCCUUAUUCACAUCUCCAUGCUGGACCUGGGCGCCAACACCUUCACCGGCUCCAUUCCCUCCCAGCUGGGCAGCCUGAAAAAACUGCGCCUGCUGGACCUCCACGGGAACAAUUUCACGGGCAGCUUACCGGACACGAUCGGGCAGCUGACGAACCUCACCUUGCUGGACGUGAGCUUUCUGUCGGGCGUGAAUGGGAGCGUGCCGACGACCCUGUCCGCCCUCUCCCUGCUGAAAAGAUUGGACCUGACCAACAGCAGCUUCUCGGGUGCUCUGCCCGGGGGCCUCAUUGCAUCGCUGUCUGAGAGUGCACUCUUCAACCUCUCCAACAACUUCUUCUCAGGACCCAUCCCCGACUCUCUCAUGUCCCGCAUUCGCGCCAACAGGUCAGUGGCAUCAACAGUGUACGGCAACUGCCUGUCGUCCAGCCCGUCGUCCCCCGUGUACCCCAUGGACUGCGCCACCGUCUCCGAUAACAUCUGCUUCCUGCAGUACCAACGCCCCGCCUACCAGUGCCUGCCAUACGAUGCCGCUCAGAGCGCGUCCUCCUCAUCCUCCCUCAGCAUCGCUCUCACCAUUGCGGUGCUCGUGCUGCUCGCCGUGGGCGUGGCAGCGGGCGCUGCAUACGCGGGGGUGAAGCACAUGCAGCAGGGCAGGCCCAAGGCCGUGCUGCCAGCCACCAAGGUGCUGGUCAAGGCAAAGGAAUACACUGUGCAGCACAGGUGCCAUCUGUCUCUUACCUCAAUGCUGCUCCACCCGCACCCUCCUCCUCCCUUCCCAUCCCACCCACCUACCGUCCUGGCAUGCGCCCUCCCCCCAGACAUUCCGCGCUUCUCCUUCACGCAGCUGAACCACGCCACGGACUGCUUCACACACCUGGCCAACACCAACGACCCGCGCGCCAUCUACGACGCCACCUUCCUCCUCCCCCUCACCGCCCCCACCACCACCGCCCCUGCACCUUCUGCACCUGCUGCUGCGGCUUAUGCUGCUUCGCCCGCAGCACCUGGCAGUGCGGGUGAGGCAGCGCCCAAGGUGGUGGGGGGGGGCGGGCAGGAGCAUCUGUCGGUGCAGCUGGUGAGCUUCCCCGGGGUGUACCUGGACGCCAUGAAGGAGGAGUUUGUGGCAAGGGUCAAACGCAUCCACGCCGCGCGCCACCCCUGCCUCUUCGCCUUCCGCGGCUACGCCUACGAGGACGGCAACUUUGCCCUCGUGUUUGAGCCCACCCGGGAGACCCUCUUCGACCGCUUGCACGGUACGCUGCCUCUCUCUCCCUCUCUCUCUUACCAACGCGCUGCCCCUCCCCUCUGUGCCUGCUCUGCUGCUCCUUUUCAAGUGUUUCUGAGAUACUGGAAGUAUCAUACUCAUAACUCGUCCCCUCUCUUCCUUUUCUCCUCCUGGCAACCCACAGAGGCCAGUGGAGCCCCACUGUCAUGGAGGGAGCGCAUGGUGAUCGCGCUGGGAGUGGCAGAGGCCCUCGAAUACCUCCACACCUCCUCCUCCACCCUCACCCACACCCCUCCCAAGGGCCCCUCCACCCCUCCCCACGCCGCCUCCGCCUCCCCCAACUCCACCACACCCCUCAACGACCCACACACGCCCGUCCUUUCGGCCCACGAGGGGAGCACGAGCCUGAGCGUGGGGGCCGGCACUCCCCUGGGGUCCACACGGGGAGGCGGCGAGCAGGCGUGGCGAGGCGGCAUGGUGCAUGGGGAUGUGAAGUCGUGCAACGUGGUGAUCACAGCUCACAGCAAGGGCAAACUCGCAGAGUUCCAAGUCCCCUGCGACGACGCGGACGACCCGCUACGCUCCAUCUCCCCGCGGGGCUCCUUUGGGUACCUAGACCCGCAAUAUGCGGACACGAAGCGGCUCACUGCUGCGAGCGACGUGUACUCGUUCGGGAUUUUAUUGUUUGAGCUGGUGGCCGGGCGGCGGGCCAUGCUGGAUGACUCGAGCACGCUGGUCGUGUGGGUGCAGCAGUUCUUCAUGCGCCGGGACGACUAUGCUGGUCUGCUGGACGGCGCUCUGGUUACUCUGGGCGGCGUGCCGCCCAGCCAGCUCGUGCCCGUGAUUGAGCUUGCACAGGACUGCACUCAGGUGAGGGAAGAGAGCCGGCCGUCAAUCCAGCAAGUACGGGAGGUGCUCAUGUCAGCAGUGGGCGUGGAGGGCGGGGAGGUGUAUGAGAGUGGUAGCGUGGUGGGGUAUGGCGAUGGGGAGAGUGACACCACCAUGAGCCACCUAGACGAGGGGCUGGUGGCCAGGCGUGCAGCAGACCACGCUGCUCUAGAGUCCGCUGCUGCCGCUGUGCUUGCUGCUGUGGCUGCUGGCGGGGCUGCCAGGCAGACGCUGGAGGUUUACGAUGGGAGGGUGCAUGGGCAGGAUGGCUUGAGGCAGCAGGAGGGGGAGGCGGGAGCGGGGAGGUUGGGUGGGGAGAUUGAGAUUGAGAUGAUGAGUGAAGGGAGUGAGGAGGGGCAGGCGGUAUAA